CUCAGAAGAGUCUCAGAAGAAUGAGGCAGAGAAUUUCUCAUACAGAAAGCAACAUUAACAGUAUUAUAUUGAACAAUGAGUCCUUCCCACAUACUUCACAAAGGAAGAAUUCAAAAUAGAAUUGUUUACACGUAGAAAAUGAAAAACAAGUAAGUUAGAAGGUUGCCUUGUCAUGUUGUGCUUGUCUUUGAUUUGUUGAAGAUAAAAGGAAAUGUUUGUGAGCAUCAGCAAUGAAAGUGAAACAAUCAUAGCACAGAUUCACAAUAUAAAAGCACCUCAUAAUGCUUCUAAUUCUGCAGUCUCUUCUGAUCCUUAAAUUUCUGUCAUUCAUUCACACCAAUAACACAUAAAAGGCCAAAGUGGGUGAGUGAGAGAUAUCCAUUGAAAGGGGUUUUACUUUUGCUUGACUUGGUUGGUGACAUCUUCCUUUGCAAGAAGCUUAAAUAGCAUACAAACACACCCUCUUCUCAACACCAAAGUCAUCAUCAUUUUCAUUGGAGCCAUAUCCUAAAAGGGAGGCAGAAGUUUUGGGAACAGAAACCUUCUUGGGAGGCACAUAACUUGACCUUGGACUGACCAAAUUUGCAAACACUAUAUUUGAAAAGAUAUUGACAUCUUGAGAAGCCUCUCUCUCUAUAUAUAUUUGCUUUUGGCUUUUGGAUAAGUAAUUCAUAUAGAGAAAGAACAUGGAGGAGAGGAAUGAGAUGGAAAAGAUUGACGAUGUUAUGCCAGGAUUUCGUUUUCACCCCACUGAUGAAGAGCUUGUUGAUUUCUAUCUCAAGAGAAAAAUUCAGCAGAAGUCUCUCCCUAUUGAACUGAUUAAGCAAGUGGAUAUUUACAAACAUGAUCCAUGGGACCUUCCAAAGCUAGCAGGCACAGGGGAGAAAGAGUGGUACUUCUAUUGCCCAAGGGACAGAAAAUACAGGAACAGUGCACGUCCAAAUAGGGUCACAAGAGCUGGGUUUUGGAAGGCCACUGGAACUGACAGACCUAUAUAUUCCUCUGAAGGGAAGUGCAUUGGUCUGAAGAAGUCUCUUGUGUUCUACAGAGGAAGAGCUGCCAAAGGGAUGAAAACUGAUUGGAUGAUGCAUGAGUUUAGGCUUCCUUGCAUCUCUGACUCAGCCCCUUCUAAAAAACUCUCAGACAAAACCCUCCUUCCAAGUGAUUCAUGGGCAAUCUGUAGGAUAUUCAAGAAAACCAACUCCCUUUCCAUGGCACAGAAAGCUUUAUCUCACCCUUGGAUCUCUCAGUUAUCAGGAAGCAUGGUAUCUGACAUGUUCACACAGGGUGCAGAAACAAACCAUCACCUAGGAUCACCAGCCAUUCAAUUUUGUUAUGAAAAGCAAGAGUUAAACCAAGCCUCCAAUAGUGACAUCAACACCAACUUCACAGAUUCAGAUAUUGCCAGUUACAAACCCAUCAACAGCAGCACAGUUCCCAAGCCUUCACCACAAAUUCCUGUUUCAGAUGACUUCAUAUUCUACACAGAACACACCAAGUGCACACUUGAUACCAGUUCCAUGCUUUCUCCCAACCCUGACUACAUAACAUUUGAAGAGCCAAACCAACAACAGUACAGUGGCUUCUCAACCAAUCUACCUCACUUCAUCCAACAAAACAUGAGCACAGAAACAGUAACAAAAGAACAACAAGAUUGGGAAACAAUUGGGAGAGCCACUGGAUUUCCCUUUACUUUGCUUCCCCCAUAUGAUGCAUGGAAGUCUUCUUCUGUGGCAUGGGAUUCAUCUUCUUGCCCCAGUGACAUGUCCACUACCUAUUCCACCAGUAAAUGCUACACUUGAUUCAUCAACCAAAUUGGGGGCAUUAAUGCUGUGCAUGAUCAGGUUUACCACUUCUACAAUUUUGGUAUAUUUACCACUAAAAUCAAUACCACCAAGUGCUGAUUUUACUUGUAAAUGUACAAGGGUUACACCAUUGUUUCCUUGUUCAUAGUUAAAUGUACCUGAAGGUAACUGCCACCAAGAAACACAAAAAAGAGUCCAAAUUUUAUAAGUCAUGCAUAUGCUGGGAAAAUAGAUCUUCCAUGUUAGUUUUUCAUGUGACAGAGUCAUGUGAAGGGAAAAAAAAUACACAAAAUUUCUAGUUCUUUUGUGUGUCUAUGUUUCUAACUCAUGUGAUUCUCUCACUUGCAAAACUCUCUAGGAUUGAUUCACUUUGGGUGCAGCAAUCCCUUGUUUCAAGGAGGUUUGCUUAUAUGCUUAUAUGUUUGAUGUGCUUGGUAUUAUAUUUACCAAGAUGUACAUAUAGUUCCAUUUCUCUGCAUACAGCUUUAAUUUUUU